UCUGCAAUUCCAGAUUGGAUUCUGGGCAUGAUUGCACAGUGGACAGCAGUUCUAGGUUUCCCAUGGGGAACCUGGGCAUUUAUGGAGUCCUUGGGGUCACUGAGGAAAGACCUAGCUGCUAAGGCCAAAUCAAUUGGAAGAGGGGCCUCAUCAACCAUGUACUAUACUGGUUUCUUGCUUCCCAUUGGGAUCCUUUUUCUGGAGAGUUGCUUGGGGACCGGAGCAAAUAUUACAACAAGAAGCCCACAGACAUCCCCAGCUAGGCCAAGAAUCUGCCUUUGGGGUGAGAUUCCAAUAAAGAAGAAAAUCACCCACACAGAAAUGGAUGCUUACGUUGGGGACGUGCAGUCUCUAAAGACCAUUCUUGUUCCCGACAAGUUUGAGGCAACUGCAGAGUGGUAUUUGAACUUCCAUCAUCUAGAGACCACAAAACACCCCGAGUUGGAUGCAUUUGUGGCAAAAUUAGAGUGUAGAGGGGAAGUCCACAUUCUGGUGGAGAGGAAGAGAAAAGCCCGGAAUGUCCCUUCACCAACAAGAGAUAAUUCUGAAGAGCGUAAUGAGCACAUCUCCUCUCCCCAAGAAUCUUAGAGGAGUCAGAGCCUUAGGAAAUCUCCUUCUAGAGUCUCUCAUUCCAACAUCCCAAAUCCAUCGUCUCCUAACCCUCACCCCGCCAAGCCUUCAUCCAAUACCUUUCAAGAACUCUUUGAUCGAAUGUCAAAGAAAAUUGAUAACAUUGCAGAAGAACAAAGAAAGAGGUUUGAAGUGCUUGGAAAAAAAGUUGAUGCUUUGUCAACUUUAAUAAAUCAAAAGAUUGUGAAUAA